AUGUCCAUUAUACAGCAGGAGGCGGCCCACAUUCGUUCCGUGGAGCCUGAAAUUGAAUUGUCCAAUAUUGCUUCACCAUAUGCUACUAAUAUCGACACGGAGAGUGCCACCAGAAACUCCGUCGAGACAAAUGAACAAACUCCAGCAACUCCGCCUCUCAUGACAUUGAAAUAUCCAUCUAGAAACUUGUGGAGGGUAGCAUCAGUGAGUUUUUGGGCAGCCUGCGGCGGCUUCUCCGAUGCUGCUCCUGGAGCAUUAUUGCCGUCGAUGGAAGCUUACUAUAAAAUUGGAUACGCCACGGUCUCGCUUAUUUGGAUGUCGAACGCCGUAGGAUUCAUCUUGGUGGCCUGCUUUUCCCAUAAAAUCACCCCUUGGUUUGGGAAAAGAGGUUCUCUUACUUAUGGGAUCUUUCUGUCUGUGGUGGCAUACGCUUGCAUUGCCAGUGGAGGACCUUUCCCAUUGAUUUGUGUGGGGUUCUUUUUUGCUGGAAUAGGUCUUGCCACUGUCUUGGCCCAGUCGAAUGUGUUCCUCACCAAGCUAGACAAACAGUCCAAGUACCUAGCCUUGUUUCAUGCCUGCUACGGCGCUGGCGCCACAAUUGCUCCACUUGGAGCGACCAGCAUGGUGAAAAACGGCACGAAAUGGCAUUUCUUCUACCUCAUUUUGCUAGCAAUGAUGGUGAUCAACUCAGUCACUGUGAACUAUGCCUUUAAAGGUGCCGACGAGGAUUUGCUGCCAUGGGACCACGUUGAACACAGGCAAGAGGAGAGCAACAACCAAAGCGGGCAGAGCAUCAUGGUUUUGGCUCUCAAGAAUACCCCAACAUGGCUCAUUGCUCUUUUCGUAUUUUGCUACGAAGGUUCCGAAGUUGUCCUUGGAGGCUGGAUCGUUACCUAUCUCUUGGACUACCGAGGCGCUGGACAGAGCUACGGUUACGUGCUGUCUGGAUUCUGGGCAGGGUUGACGUUGGGAAGACUUCUUCUUACAAGGCCACUUCACAAGAGCAUUGGAGUUCGUAAAAGCGUUUUCUUGCUAGCAAUCUUUGCCAUAGCCAUGGUAGUUGUGUCGUGGGUGGUUCCCAACAGCAUUGCAGUGGGUGUGUUUGUUGGGUUUGCGGGACUAUUCAUUGGCCCCACGUACCCGCUCAUGAUCACAGCCGUUUCGUUUAUGGUGCCUAGGAAAAUCCAGGUGGUGAGCUUGACGAUCAUGACAGCAUUUGGCCUGAGCGGUGGAGCCAUUUUUCCCUUUGUCACUGGUCUCAUUGCAGAAAAACUGGGCGCCUACGUGGUGUUGCCUAUUUUCAUUGCGUCGUACAGCGUGAUGUUAGUUUUCUGGCUUCUUUUGCCAAACAUCGACCGUAAGUCUGGAUCAACCAUAGAGAGUACGUGGAAAAAGCUCUGGAGCGGGCUUCGGAGUCGGGCCUCACAAUUCUUGAAGUUUGUGUGA